UAUCGUUAGACGUUUGGAGGUCAGUCCCGUUAUAAAUAGCUAACUCGAGCGAUAUCAUACAUUCGUUUUAUUCUGCGUCUCGAAUCAUGCGUCUAGGGGAAAAGUGUUUGGCAGGGAAGGUACUUCAGUUUGUAGCGGCCAUAUCGUGUUCACUGAGUGGAAUAUCGGAUGGCAUGCACUAUGCCUGGACUGCCCCAGUGAUUCCAAUUUUGAGAAAGUCGAACUCCACGAUACAAAUCGCCGACGCAGACGUAUUAUGGCUGGAAAAUAUGUACAUGAUUGGAGGGUUUGUGGGGAUCCCCUUGACGAUUCUGACCAUUGAUCGCUUUGGACGUAAACGCACUAUCCUACUGGGUGUUGUACAGGGCAUGAUAUCAUGGUUCCUCAUCGCAUUUGCAUCUUCAAUCGAAUAUCUAUACGUUGCGAGGGUUUUAAGUGGAAUUGCCGGUGAUGUUGGAUUCGUAGCGGUGCCAAUGUACGUCGGUGAAAUAUCAGAUAAGAGAAUCCGCGGUUUUUUGGGAUCAGGCGUCUAUCUAAUGAUGCUGGUUGGUAUUGUAGUGAUAUACUCGCUGGCGCCCUUUGUGCCAAUUCCGUUAUCCUCGGCAUUUGGAUGCAUGUUUUUGGUGGUGGAGAUGAUUAUUAUUCCGUGUAUGCCCGAGUCACCUCAUUACUACAUUCUGAAAGAAGAUCGCGAAGCGGCUCGUCAAUCGUUGAUCAGAUUAGGUUACAAUAACGUGGAGGAGGAGCUUGAUGAAAUCACGGAAGAAGUGAACAUGCAACAAUCGAACAAACAUAUCGCAGAUUUAGUCUUGAGGAAGAACAGUCGAAAAGCUCUCAUAAUUAUGACAGUAUUAAACAUAGCUCAACAUUUUGCUGGCUACAGUGUAAUGGUCAUGAAUCUGCAUUCAAUACUGGGCGACACUGACACAGCUUCUAACAACAUUGCCAUUGUGUACUCGAUUCUUAUGUUAGCGUCCGCUUUGCUAGCGUCUGCGCUUGUUGAUAAAAUUGGAAGAAAGAUACUUCUAAUUGUCUCCAGUGUUAUGACCGGCUUUUCUGUAUUAAUGCUGGCGAUAUACUUUACGUUACAGUCGAGUGGAUUUAAGGUGGAAGUAUCUGAGUGGGUGCCAGUGGCUUCAGUUAUGCUUUUUGCAAUAUCUUUUAAGUUGGGCCUUGGCAUUGUACCAAUCGUGUCAACAGGGGAAUUGUUCCCAAUAGAUGUUAAAGCACAAGGUAUGACCGCCGCAGAUGGUGUCUACAUGCUGUCUUCAACUUUAUCUAUCUACGUAUACCAAGAAGUGAAAGAUAACUACGGAAUACACAUACCAUUCUUUAUAUUUGCCGGUUGUUGUUUUUUAACUGCCAUAUUUACUAUAGUUUUUGUACCUGAGACUAAAGGCAAGACAUUGCAUGAAAUUCAGCUCAUACUUAGCGGCAAGCCGCUACCCAAUGAAUGUAAAGAUCUUGAGCUUCACACGAACGAUGUAAAGCCUAACAAUAAAGUACCUCACAACCCUUUUUCUCUUAUUUACUUAGAUUGCAUAUAA